UGUACAUUCAAUCAAGUGUGCGUGUUCCGGUACGUUGGCAGUGUAGUCGUGAGCAACGAACUAAAUAACACGCUUCCACAUCCCCACGACAGCGUACGGAACUUGACAUUCAGCGUUCGGCCCCGGCGGCAACAUUCUCAUUUGCAAACUAAACGCAGUAGCAGCACGAUCCACAGGAUUGCCUCCAGCAAUUAAACUAUUCCACCAAUCAACAUGACGACCCUGUUGCGAAACAUCAACGAUGAGGUGUUCCGGACGUACAUAUUUUGGGCGGCUGUGCUGGUGGUGAAGAUGCUUGCCAUGUCUUUACUGACUGGCCGUCAGCGAUUCAGGAAGAAGGUAUUCGCCAACCCAGAAGACAUUCAGCCCAACAAGAAAGGUGUGGCACCGAAGUUCGACGAUCCGGACGUAGAGCGUGUGCGUCGGGCCCAUAGAAAUGAUCUGGAGAAUAUUCUUCCCUUCUUCACUGUUGGUCUGCUGUACAUGCUGACUAACCCGGAGCCGUUUAUUGCAAUUAAUCUAUUCCGUGCAGUGGCUAUUUCUCGUAUUCUACACACGAUUGUAUACGCAGUGGUCGUUAUUCCACAGCCAGCCCGUGGCCUUUCUUGGGGAGUAGCCUACGGAGCAACUGCUUACAUGGCAGUCAAAACCGCUCUAUUUUUCCUUUAGAUGGUGUUUUCACUGUGUAGCAUAAACAUUCAUCCCAGCGGAUGCAAAAUCAUCACCAGUGCAAUUGUCUACCUCCCGCAUCGAAAAAUAAAACGUUCUUUCGAGGAAGUGCAAUACGCAUUGUCCAUCAUGUGUAUAGUUCAUAUCCAA